AUGAUGCUGGUGCGCAUAAACAUGCGCUCGGCGCUGGUGGCUCUAUGCAUUGGUGUCCUGUUGCUUACGCUCUUUUGGAGCCGCUGCGGGGAGCUUUCACAUAGACCAAUAGGCUCGGUGCUGUCGAACGGGCUAUCAGAUCGCGGCGGCGGAGGAGAGAUCGAGUGCCUUAUUAAUGGAGAGUAUUCGGUAGCCUGCCGCCGUGACCGGGACCAGGUCUACUUGCCGUUUUCUUUUAUACAGAAGUACUUCGAGGUUUAUGGAAAAAUAACAUCUACGGACGGCGUAGACAGAUUCGAAUGGUCACACAGUUACAGCAAAGUCUACCAUCCCAAGAAGAAGUACGACCCGCGAGGAACCUUCACCACAUUCGAGAACUAUAACGUGGAGGUGAGAGAACGCGUCAAAUGCAUCAGCGGGAUCGAAGGAGUGCCAGUUUCAACCCAGUGGGAACCACGUGGGUUCUACUAUGCAACUCAAAUAGCACAGUUUGGACUGGCGCACUACAGCAAAAAUAUCACAGAGCCCGAACCUAGAGUGAGGAUAAUAGACGACGGGGAAAAAGUUCUUGGGAACUGGAUAGUCAGCAAAGACGCGACAAUCUCUAGAGAGAACGACUCAGAAUUAAAGGCAAAUGUUUUGAAGUUCUCCACGUCAGAACUGGCGUCCAGCCAGGUGUGGCUUAAAGUGAACAUCACCCAGGAUUUCGUGUUGAGCCUCGACGUACUGUUUAAGCCCAACUCUUCGUUGACUGUGGUGCUCCAGAACAAGGACAAGAAGGAGACUGUAUAUUUGCACUAUGUGACGAGUAACCAGUUAAUUUACGCUCAAGAUGACCACAUCUACUACGGGAUCGGUACAGAAACGCGAUGGAGACGCAUAACUCGAGACCUGAUCAUCGACAUGCAGAAAGGCUGGGCGUUACAGGACCGACCCAAGCGCAAAUCACCCAGGAAUAAAUUCAAGAUAUCUGGUCUGGUGGUGAGCGGGCGCGGCGCGGUGGCGCGCGUGCGCGUGUCCACGAGCGAGCACUCGGCGCACUUCUUGGCGGCGGCCGCCUGGCUGGUGCGGGCGCAGCGCGCGCGCGGCGGCUGGCCCGUGCCGGCGCGCCGCCACGUGGCGCCCGGCGCCGCUGACCUGCGCCCUGGCUGGCACUCUGCCAUGAGUCAGGGGCACGGAAUAUCGGUGUUGGCGCGUGCUUAUUACCGCAGCGGCGACAGUACUUACUUACGCGCGGCGCAGAGGGCGCUACUGUUGCUCGACGUUCCCAGUCACGCUGGUGGCGUUAAGGCUCUGUGGAUGGAUAAAUACGUAUGGUACGAAGAGUAUCCCACAACCCCACCGCUGUUCGUCCUCAACGGCUUCAUAUACACGCUACUCGGACUGUAUGACCUGUAUGUAAUUGAAGGUGAGAACUCAAUAUCUCUAGCUAAAAAGAUGUUCGACGACGGUAUGACCUCCUUAAAAACUCUGUUGCCGCUAUUCGACACGGGCAGUGGCAGUUUUUACGACCUUCGUCACUUCACACUCGGAAUCAGUCCAAAUCUAGCCAGGUGGGAUUACCACGCCACUCAUGUGAACCAACUUUAUCUCCUCGCGGGCCUCGAUCCAGAUCCGAUAUUACUAAACACAGCUAGAAGAUGGGAGGGUUACAUGCAGGGUAAAAGGGCAGCGCACAAUUGA